CGCCCGCCGCCCGAACCCGAACCCUCACCCUGAGGGCCUCUGAGGGGCUGUCCUUCACCUUCCGCUUCCUCCUCGGAGCGGGGGGCCUGGAGUCGGACCCGCGCGGAGCCCCGACUCCCUGGAAGCAAAACAGAUAUAUUUUUGCUAUGAUGGAUCGAUUUGGAGAUGUAUCAGAAGGUGAAGUUGACCAUUCAUUUUUUGACAGUGACUUUGAAGAUGCAAAGACAUGUAAAAAUAAUUUAGUUUUUGACAAACAAAAGGAUAAUUCUAAAGAACAAAUAGAUACAGAUACGGAUACAGAAAGUACAGACUUAAAAUUUGGAGUAGAAGAAAAGAAAAAUUACCUGAAUGAUGAAGGAAAUGAAAGAAGAGAGAAAAUAACUCCAGAACAACGCCCUGUAGAAAAUAAUAUAAAAAUAAGAAAUUCCUUAUCAUUGACCACUUCUUCAAGAUCAAAAAAAGUUUGUGAUGCUACAACAGGACAUAAAACACACUUGCCCAUUCCAAAUGGUGUUCCUAAAAUUAUAAAAAAGGGUGAAAACAAUUAUUACACAGAUGGAGAGGAAAGCAGUGAUGAUGGGAAAAAGCAUCUUGUUAGGUCCAAGUCAACUAAACCAUCUAAUAAUCAUAAGAAAGGUGUAAGUAAAAAAUACUCCAAAAAUAGUUCUUCUUCCUCCCCUUCCUCUUUGUCCUCAUCUUCAAGUUUAGGUACAGAUUGUUCAGAUCCAGGGUCAGAUUUCUCUGAUUCACCUCCAUUAGUAAAGAAACAUGGACCCAGUGUAACCCACUUGUCACCAAAACAGAAAUACAAACCAGGAGUAAAAUCAACAGGAAUCCAGCCUUUAAACACUAAAUCAAAAGUUGGUGACGGUGCUGAGGAAUCGGAAGAAACAGUGACAGAUGUAACUCCUUUAUCAUCUCCAGGCAUCAGCCCUGCUCAAUCUUUUGAACUAGGACUAUCAAGUGAUCAAAAAGUGAAAGUUAAAAGACAAGAAAAUGUGAGUCAAGAAGUAUAUGAGAAUGUUGAAGACUUAAAAACGAGUUCAAAAUCAGGCAGAAAAGGGAAAAAGACUGGAUUCAAUCUCAACGUGCAGUCAUCAGUGUUAGAGUCCAAUUUAGAUCAGAGAAGUAAACAAAGAACAUUCCAUGACACCAUGGAUCUCAACCAUCUUUUGAAAGCUUUUCUGCAGUUAGAGAAAAGAGGACCACAGAAACCUCACUUUGAUCAGCCUUCAGUAGUACCGAGGAAAAAUUACUCAUUCUCAAAAGAGGAAGUGAGAUUGAUUGAUCGGGAAAAUCAGAGGCUUUUGAAGGAACUCUCAAGACAGGCUGAAAAACCAGGAAGCAGAAGUACAGUUCCUAAAAGAUCGUUGGGUCCUCCCCCUAAAUUAUAUCAUAGUGCUCUCAACAGACAAAGGGAACAGCAAAGAAUUGAAAGAGAAAAUUUGGCGUUAUUGAAAAGACUUGAAGCUGUGAAACCAACAGUCGGUAUGAAACGCUCAGAACAGCUGAUGGACUAUCAUCGCAAUAUGGGUUAUCUCAACUCGGUUCCAUGUUCAAGACGUGUGAGAUCAACUCUUGGCCAGUAUAGCCCAUUAAGAGGAGCUUCCAGGACAUCUAGUGCUACCAGUGGUCUCAGUUGUAAGAGUGAGCGAUUAGUUUUUGACAAAUCUAAUGGCCUGUUGCUAAGACCUAAACCCCCUAAUGUCCGUACAGCUUGGUUAUAAAACAUUUUUUAAAGAUUGGACAAUUCUUAUUGAAGUGCUCUUGUAUAUUACUAUAAUUCUCUCUGUAAACAUCUUUGAUAGGGUUUUAAGCAGUUUAAGGUAUAAAACUGUGUUUUAACACUAUAAUUUGAGUACAGAAUUGUUUUAAAAAAAUGUAAAACCAGUGUUUUCUAUGAUGUAUUUAUAGAAGAUGUUUAUGACUUAAUAGAGAAGUGGUAAUAUGCAUGUGUGCUUUCUCAACACGGAAAUAAUUCAGCUGUCAUGCUGACAAGACAAUGUUAUAGCAUCACUGCACUUUGGAUGUUAAAUGUAUAGUUCUCAUUUUACAUUUUUCUUUUGCAUUUCUUGUAAACUCUAAACCAUGAGUGUAGCUCCUAAAUUUGACUUUGGUUUGCUUCAGAAUUUAGAUAGCGCGACUCAUAACUUGACUGUAAAAUUGUUACACUUUCUUAUGACUUCCUGAAAUUUAUUUUUAUUGGUGGAGCAGAUUUUAGAUUUGAUAAGCAGAUGGAGAGAAUCUUGUUCUGCGUAGUCCUUGUUACUCAGAUGUAGUUACUGCCUUUGUAGAAGUGUGCUUAAAGAUUUGAUCAGCAUUCCAAACCAUUUCAAACUGUAUCUUUGAAAGUCCACUCUAGAAUCUCCCAUUCUGUAAAGAAUUGUUAAUGAUCUUGAGAUGUAGGUGGCUGCAGUCUACAGCUUUGUGAAUAAGUUAGGUGGGGACCAGAUCAUUAUAAGCAAAAACAAGUAUUUGUUGACUCAGCAAAAUAGAACCACUUGUGAAAAGACCAAAGGCAGAUUGAGUUGUGUUACUACAGUGUUCUUAGGUGAUGCUGUUAGCAGGUUGUAAUAGAUGUAGUUAAUAUACAUUGAGA